AUGACAAUUUCUACGACGACACCACUUUUGCCGUUUUACUCGGCUGUUGCUGAGCAACAAGAACAAUUACGACAAGCAAUGGUCGGCAAACGUAUAAGUGAAUUACGUACACCUACUUUAGUUAUCGAUCGUACAGUGUUCAAACGUAACUGUGAACGGCUGGGCAACAUUAAGGCACAGCACAAUGUCAAGGUGCGCGUGCACGUAAAGUCCCACAAGGCAGUUGAAGGGGCUGCACUUCAGCUUGAGGGAGCCAAAACGGAAGCUAUUGUCGUUUCCACAAUGGCUGAGGCGCAUCGAAUGGUUUCGAGCAAGCUAGUCCUCUUGGGCUUCCCCAUUACACCAGACAAGUUUGCUGAGGCGUUUGCACUGGCAGAACAAGUCGAGGCGUUUCAGAUCUUCAUUGCCGCUCCUGCGCACAACCAGAAGAAAAUUGGCGUUUUCAUCAAGAUAGACUGCGGAUAUGGACGUGCGGGCGUACCAUUGGAUAGUGCCUUUGAGAAGGAGGCAAUUCUUAACUUGGCGAAGCGGCUGGCCACAUCCAGUUGCGCAACAUUGCACGGCCUCUAUGCACAUGCAGGCCACUCGUACAAAGCGCGCUCGGCAGAAGAAGCCCUGACCUACCUCGAGCAAGAAUGCAACAGUGCACGCCAGUUUCAGGCGCUAUUUCUAGAGGAGGCAGGGAUCGACAUUCCAUAUCUGUCUAUCGGUGCAACACCCACCGUGCAAGCGAUUGUUCAUCACGACAGUAGUGAACGCGUGAGCAAGGCGCUCCAAGGGAUCAGCGAGGUGCACGCCGGUGCUUACUCGUUACUGGAUCGACAACAGAUGGCCACUGGCUUGUGCACCGAGCAAGAUGUGGCCAUCUCCGUGGCGUGUCGAGUCGCUAGCCGAUAUCCUGAUAGAAACACGACACUUAUUGACGGUGGCGCCCUCGCAUUUUCCAAGGAUACCGCCCCACAAGGUGGAUUUGGCGUGACAACGACAGGUGUCGUGCUGCAGUCGGUUUCGCAAGAGCAUGGCAUACUUGCAUCAUCAUCAUCAUCAUCACCUGCCGCCCAGCAGCACGUGGGUGAUAUUGUUCGUGUUCUCCCGAACCAUUGCUGCUUGGCAGCUGCAUGUCAUUUGUAUUAUCUGAUUGUCGAGAAUGGGAACGAUCAAGUAGUAGAUGUAUGGUUUCCUGUGCGCGGCUGGUAA